AUGGUCGUCGGUAAAAUUGUCCAUAUAGCAAUUGAUGCAGUGUUAAUAUCUGCUGUUCUAGCUGGAAUAAAAAAAUCUACAGGAUAUACAGUUGCUACAAAUCGAAUCGGAAAUCCUGAUCUAAGAACAGCAGUUACAAAAUUUCUAACAAUUGGGGAAGUAGUUGUAGAAAGUAGCGUUACUUAUAUAAGUACUUCUACUUAUUUUGAAAAAACCAGAUAA